AGUGGAGUCCCUAGUAUAGGUAGCCGAGUCUCUCUAGCGGACCGACUGCAACCAUUCACCCUGGCCGGAACGGAAGAGACGCCACAGAUGCGCCACGCCCACGAGCCGUUUGUCCAGCCUGGGUAUGCAGAAUUGAAUCCUGAGUAUGACCAAGGAGUCAACGCCAAACCGGUGUGGAGUCUAGCAAAGCCGUUACCGCGCGUCGUGAGACCUGGCAUGGUGCCCACGAUGGACGAGCUUCGUCAGGCCCAUCGUCAGGCUCCGUGGCCGGCUGCUCGCUCGCAUCGAGCCGGUCUCGACGUUGAUCCCGAUGAAUUGACCAAGGGCCGCAUUCUGCCCACGUCGAACCCGCUGAAAAUCGCGGCCCAGGUCGAGGAUGCGCGCCUCCAGCGCGAGGCUAACUUGGCCAACAAGAUCCUGCGCGGUGAUACGGCGUCGCUGUCAUCGUCCUCUCGGCGUUUCAGGCGUGCGUCAACCUGGGCUUUGCCUCCAGAACGCCUCGCCACAGUGCCAGAAGGGGACACGCCGCCCGAGGAAGGGGUUGAUCGACCUUCUGAAGGGCUCCAGGAGACUGAUCCCCUCCUGGUGGACGAACCGGACGAGUUAGACUUCACGACACUGGAGAAGUCCGGCGACUUACAACCUUUGAUAGAAGAGCUGGUCGACGAGGAAGUGCACAACCAUCACACCACCUGGUCCGUUGUCCGUACUCACUAUCGCGAAGCGUUGGCUGAGGGACUCUCAGUCUACGUCCAGCUCACGCUAGGCUUUGGCGCCGAUCUCGCUGUCACCCUGGCCAAUGCAGGCAACCCCAACACCACCGCGUGGGCUUGGGGUUUCGCCACCAUGCUGGCGAUCUACAUCUCGGGUGGUGUGUCUGGAGCUCAUCUCAACCCGGUUAUCACCCUCGUACUGUGGUUCUACCGCGGCUUUCCCACGCGCAAGAUCCCCGGCUACUUCGCGGCUCAGUUCUUGGGGGCCCUCUUUGCAGCCAUGACUGCAUAUUCUCUGUACUAUCCGUCCAUCCAACUAUACCUCGACACGAGCGCCGACGGAGGCAUCCUGAACAGUUUCGUCACAGGCCCCCGAGCCCCAUGGAUCGGAGCCCCGACUGCCUUCUUCACUGAAUUUGUGGGCACAGCAUUCCUAACGAUCGCAGUGCUCGCUCUCGGCGACGACCAGAAUGCCCCGCCUGGUGCCGGAAUGAAUGCGCUCAUUCUGGGUCUGGUCAUCACCCUUCUGAGCAUUACGUUUGCUGACCAGACUGGUGCCGCCUUCAAUCCCAGUCGGGACCUGGGUCCACGUCUCGUUUUGCUAGGACUAGGAUAUGGGGCGGAGUUGUUUACUGACCCGUACUGGCUGUAUGGGCCGUGGCUGGGAGCACUGUCUGGGGCGGCUACCGGUGCUUUUCUUUACGAUUUGCUGGUGUUCACCGGUGGAGAAUCGCCCGUCAACUACCCGAUAGAGCGAGCGCAGAGAGCACUACGCAAAACCGCACUGUCAGGGCGCAGGGACCGUGGCCGUAGGUCAAGUGUUCCAGAGGAGGCGCUAUAGCCCGGAGUUGAAAAUAUCGGCUUUCCUGUUGAAUGGUAGGCCUUAGUGUGCUUUUCUUAUUUCUGUCACUUACUUGUGAUGAAUAAGGUCUUGGGAUAACAUCCCGGAAGCUUUCUAUUCCCCAGCGCCUUCCCGGGUAUUAUCCUACAAUUUGGCAAAUGUUGGUUGGGAAUGAGCUUCAUGGAUUUAAACUUGGAUGAGUCUUCAAUGUAAUGUAUCAUCAGUGAUCAAUUGAUGGUAUAGUCCGC